AUGGCUGCAAAACAAGCGUGCUUACCUAAUGCCCUCGCCCUGCCAGGCCGCGCUGUGAGGGUCCUUUGCGGCCCUCGCUGUUUUCGCUGCGUGCUCACCAAAACCUCGCAGUGUAGACCGCCCAUACAACUCUGGCCUGCAAAACCUUUGGUGAGUCGUCCCCGCCUGCAAAUGCCAAAGUCGCUUCAUCACCAGCACCCCUUUUCGCAACAACACCCUUUUUGCACGCGUUUUCCCGCCUCAUUUCGCCCUUCUGCUCCUCUCCCAGCCCUCUUUCUGCAUUUCUGGCGACACCUUCGCAUUCCAUUUCUUUCGUCGUCGCCAUCACUGCGCCUGCGCCUGCACUCCACGCCCAUCCCAUACUGA